AUGCUGCCGGCUCCCGCAGCCAAGCGGCCGCCGCCCCUGCUGUGGCCCGCCGAGCCCCCCUGGGCGUGGGCCGUGCCGGGGCUCCUGAGGGUCGGCGCGGCGCCCCCGCCGCUGCUGCUCUCGGCUCCGGCCGUGGGCUGGCCCGUCCCCUGCGAGCCGCUGCUGCCGCUGCUCGCCGAGCAUCCCCCGCCGCUCCACGGGCAGUGGAUGUUUGGAGCUCAUUCUCCAGUCGUUGGAUUUUCACCAUCAUCUGGCGUGGAAUUUGUGCCUGUUUUCCCCCCCGUGUACACAUCUGCUGUUCCACCUCACACUGGGAAGAACUGGAUAGAUAAAAGGCUGCCGAGCUGCAAAAUAUACCUAAAUAAUGCAUUUGCUCUGGAUUCGGCGUGGAUGCAUCCUGAGGAACCGCGUCUCUUCCAGGGCAACGAGAAGCCUCUGCUAAUGACAAAUCAAGUGGCAAUGGCCAUUGCCAGGCCAGCUCCUGCCUCCAGGCCUCUUCCCACAGUGGUGCUGGCACCUCCGCUGAUGCCAGGUGGCUGCCGGCGUGGUCCCAGCCCAGUGGGCAGCCCUCCAAGCCUGGCGCUGCUGGCAGUGGAGGCUGAAGCCCCCCCAGGACCACCCCCAUCCAGCAUCCCACAGUGCCGCCUGCUCACCCUCUCACCCCUCAGGAUCCCAGUGCUGGGCUCCCCUUUCCCAGGUUCAGCCUCGAGAGUGGAUGCUCGACUGGGUCCUUUGAUGCCAGCACAAGUCACCAGGGUGACUGCUGUGGCUGCACCAGCUGUGACAAUCAUGGCAACCAACUUGAUGGAGCAGACACUAACAGAUAAAGGCAGAGCACGCAGCAGAGCCUCCUGCCCCCCUGCCCUGAUCCUUCACACCGACAGGAGGAGCGCCUCUGUGGAGAGGGAUGUCGACAAGGAUCAUUCUUUUAAACUAGUAAAUGAGGAUGACAGUACUUCAAAUGGCAACAAGCCUGUGGCAUCCACUCCAGUGCCAGGAUCUCCAUGGUGUGUAGUCUGGACUGGAGAUGACCGGGUCUUCUUCUUCAACCCUACAAUGCAGCUGUCGGUGUGGGAGAAGCCGGUGGACCUGAGGCACCGCGGCGACAUUAACAGGAUCCUCGAGGACCCUCCGCACAAGCGCAAGCUGGAUGCUGCAGCAACAGAUAAAAAUGUUAGCUCUUGUUCAGGAGAUGAAAACGAUGAUCUUAGCAUCAAAAUUAAGAGAAAUAAAACAGAAGAUUGCCAGGUCGUUGACCAGGGGAAGGCAGGCACAGAGGAGAGGAAUGGGAAACCAGCAGCAGCGGAGGUCACACCGCCCCUCGAGGAGCGCAUCACUCAUUUCCGAGAUAUGCUUCUGGAGAGAGGGGUUUCAGCGUUUUCCACAUGGGAAAAAGAGUUACACAAAAUAGUGUUUGACCCACGAUACCUUCUGCUAAAUUCGGAGGAACGUAAGCAGAUAUUUGAACAGUUUGUCAAGACCAGGAUAAGAGAAGAGUACAAAGAAAAGAAGAACAAAUUGUUGUUAGCCAAAGAAGAAUUUAAAAAGCUCCUCGAAGAAUCCAAGCUAUCACCAAGAACGACAUUCAAAGAGUUUGCAGAGAAAUAUGGCAGGGAUCAGAGGUUCCGCCUGGUUCAGAAGAAGAAGGACCAAGAGCAUUUUUUCAAUCAGUUCAUACUUAUCCUUAAAAAGAGAGACAAAGAAAACAGGAUAAGGCUACGGAAAAUGAGAUAAAAGUGCUUGGAGCUGGCAAUGAGCACAGAAGCUAAA